UGCUCCUCUUCAAACUUCAAGCGCUACCCCCUCCCCCUCUCCUCUCUCUAUAUAUGCUUCCUUCACUCCGUUUACUACGAACUUCACAAAGUUUGAAGCUUUCAGCUUGUUCCUUACUUUCUUUAUCUGGGUUUUCCCUUCAACGAGAGCUUUUCAUAAUAAUACCUUUUUGCAAGAGACCCUGCCACCCGGAAACUGCUGCUUCUUCUUUGAAUUUAUUUGGAAGAUAUGGAUUAUUCAUCAUGGAUUAACACUUCUUUGGAUCUCAACAUUAAUCCUCACAGGGUUCAUGACGAUAUUCCCAAAAAGGAGGUGGAAAACAAUUUUUUCACAUUGGGCGUGAAGAAAUCUUCUGUAAAAGAAGAGUCCGCUGUUGCCUUGGUGGAGGAGCUGAAACGGGUGAGUACAGAAAACAAGAAGUUGACCGAAAUGCUCACAGAGAUGUGUGAGAACUACAACGCUUUGCGAAGCAAUUUGAUGGAAUAUAUGAGGAAGAAUCCUGAUAAGGAGCUCAGCUCAUCUAAGAAAAGGAAGUCUGAAAGCAGCAACAACAAUAGUGCUCUAGUUGGAGUCAAUGGAAACUCCGAGAGCAGCUCAACUGAUGAAGAAUCAUGCAAGAAACCAAAGGAAGAGACCAUCAAGGCAAAAGUUUCAAGAGUUUAUGUCAGGACCGAAGCAUCUGAUACAAGCCUUAUUGUGAAAGAUGGAUAUCAGUGGAGGAAAUAUGGACAAAAGGUGACCAGGGAUAACCCUUCUCCAAGAGCAUACUUCAAGUGCUCUUUUGCUCCAAGCUGCCCGGUCAAAAAGAAGGUGCAAAGAAGUGUGGAUGAUCAAUCCGUUUUGGUUGCAACUUAUGAAGGAGAGCACAAUCAUCCCCACCCUACUCAAAUGGAGGUAACGACAGGCUCCAACCGUUGUAUGACCGUAGGUUCAGUACCCUGUUCUGCAUCUCUUAGCUCUUCUGCACCAACAGUUACCCUUGAUUGGACCAAAUCCAAGUCCACCAGCGAGGCUAAGAAUAUAAAUCCCAAAAUUGAUUCACCAGAAGUACCGCAGAUUUUGGUAGAACAGAUGGCUUCUUCCUUGACCAAAGAUCCUAAUUUCAGAGCAGCACUUCUUGCCGCCAUCUCAGGAAAAAUGUUGCACAAGGAUUAAGUGAACUGUAUUUAACUCGGUUUCAAGUAUUCUACAAGCGGAUCUUUUUUAGAGCAUAUGAUCUCUAUGUAAAUACAACAUAGAAAAUUGAGACAUUCCUCAAUUUGAUUGGAGUCGAGUUCCAAUCAGGAUAGCAUGUCCAGCUGAUUAUGCGUUUGGUAAUCAAGAUCAGCUCAGUCUUCUCUACUCUUUUUGCGUCAAUGUAAACUAGUAUAGUUCAAAUGAGAUUUCCAAUUAAGUUCUAGCAAAGUUUCUGUCGCAAACCAAAGCAAAGAAAAACUUCGUUUCGAAGAGUGCAACUCUAUUGACGAUACAAUGUCUCCUUUUCCAACUCUGUUUGGGACAUUGCUUCUCUUUUUACAGAUCAUAGGAGAUUAAUAACAGUGAUGCAACGACCAUAAGUUCACAAACUGUAAAACAUCAUAUAGAUUCAUACUUUUAUCAUGAGAGUUAUUACUCUAUAAACUAAAUUCAACGUUAAUCUUAAAUUCAACUAAUUAUCUAUACGAUGAUGUGAACUUUUACUUCUAAGAUAUUUCCUGUAGUGGAUACCAAUUAAAGUUAAUUUGAAAGUCAUAAAAUUGACGCAGUUUUUAGUUGUACCAAUUGAGCAAAGUUUAACAUAACCACCCCAUCAAGAAACAUGGAAAUUUAAUUAUAGACUGACUUGUUAGUGAAUUGUGAAUGGUAUAUAGCAUAGGGAAUCUUGAACCUUCCAAGUAAAGUAGCAAGUUUAGUCUAUCAAGCUUCACUAAGCUUUACUCUCCUUUAUCCUUGAUCCAGAAUGAAACAAAAUAGUCUCAUACUUUUAGUAUUUUUGCAUCCUCUUUGUCUCUAUUGGAGGUAACUCCUAGUCUAAUGAUAAACCAAACUGGUCAGAAUACCUAGAACUCCUAACUGCGAUGUUUUAACCCUGAUUAGCUGAAGGUAGGUAGUAGGUAGAAAGUAUAAAGCAGUAAAAGCACCAUAACCCUGAGGCGUUCAACCAAUACUGCUAACGAAACCAGCAGCAUUGGUACCUGCAUGAUGACUACUGACCAGGUAGGUAAUGCAGCUAAUGUUGUACUUAGUUGACCGUGAGACAGUUCGGAAUACUUAAUUAACCCAAAGAAUAGAAAACCGAGUGGCAGAGGGAAUAAAAUACCUCCUGGGAGAACUGGUCCCCAUCCUAGAGUAGAGUAAUAGGAGUUGCUCAUGACCGCAUCAAGGGAUUAAAACAAACGGUAGGUGACAGGCAACAGCGGAUUAUGGCCAUUUCAAUAUGCUUAAUACACAAGAACUUUAAGAAUUGGUGAAGGUCACUUUGUUACAUUCCAUCUUCCCUCAAAGUUGUGCCAACUGCUCCAUGACCAUUGACAUUGACCUCAUACUUGUUUCAGGUGAAGCUCAAUUACAUCAGCUGGCUCCUUAUUUGCUUUCUAUUUUUAGAGUUGAGGGAGGUAUCUGAUUUUGCAUUGCCAAGAGACUCCUUGAAUCUGAAGCAACAACCGAGAGAUUGUGGGUCCACACUCUGAUUCCUCUCCUUUCAAGGUCUUUGAUUUGUUUAUGGCCUCUUCUGCUUAGGAGAUGGGACAGCAACCCGGCUGACUGCAGGCUUAUGGUUCAUAAAGUUCCAAUUAAAUGUGUCAAAGGACCAAACUCGUCAAUCACACAGCAAUUGGAAAAAUUGCAGUUAGAGACAUAGCCACGCUGUUUGUUUAUUAUUAUUGUAAACUAAGAAAUCCAUACAUCUCACCCUCAAACAAGUUGGACCGGUUUGAUUUUUCUCAGCCCCAAAUUUUCUUUUUUAUAUUCUUCAGUGGGUCAGGAAGCGGGUUUAUUUCAUUUUUCAUAAUAAUAUUCUCAUCGGUAGGUAGCAGAAAAGUUUGAAAAAAAGAAUUAAUCGUUUAAGACUGCCUCACUUCAUUGUUUUAUUUUCACGUGUGCUACACAUACGAUUAGAAAAUGAAAAAAAGGGAGUAUUUACUUU